AUGUCAACCAGCGCCGACUCUGAGCUCGGGGUCGGCAGCGAGGACGAGGAGGAUGAAGGUUUCCCUUUGUGCAGAGGACGACGACAGCUGAUGAAUGACAACAUGAAGAAGUAUCAUCACAGCAAAGUGACCCCGUCGGCACUCGGCUGUGUUCUGGGACCGGAGGCCCGCAGCUCCUGCCGUCACGUCGCCAUGAUCGCUGCUGACUCGGCGUCCUGCAGUUUAACAGGAGCUCAUCGCCACAGCAGCCAGGGAAGACGUCGCCGUGGCAACAUCCUCCAAGGAGCCCUGAGCUGGUUCGAGGUGAAGACUGUUCCCACCAAAUCAAACGUCCUGACCAAAUCAAAUGUCCUUACUAACUCCAACUCCAACAUCCUUACCAACUCCAACUCAAACGUCCUUACUAACUCAAACGUCCUGACCAACUCCAACGUCCUUACUAACUCCAACUCCAACGUCCUUACUAACUCCAACGUCCUUACUAACUCCAACGUCCUUACUAACUCCAACGUCCUUACUAACUCCAACGUCCUUACUAACUCCAACUCCAACGUCCUGACCAAAUCAAACGUCUUUACUAACUCCAACUCCAACUUCCUUACUAACUCCAACUUCCUUACUAACUCCAACUCAAACGUCCUGACCAACUCCAACGUCCUUACUAACUCAAACGUCCUGACCAACUCCAACUCAAACGUCCUGACCAACUCCAACUCAAACGUCCUGACCAACUCCAACUCAAACGUCCUGACCAACUCCAACUCAAACGUCCUGACCAACUCCAACUCAAACGUCCUGACCAACUCCAAUGUCCUGACCAACUCCAACGUCCUUACUAACUCCAACGUCCUUACUAACUCCAACGUCCUUACUAACUCCAACGUCCUUACUAACUCCAACGUCCUUACUAACUCCAACUCAAACGUCCUGACCAACUCCAACGUCCUGACCAACUCCAACGUCCUGACCAACUCCAACUCAAACGUCCUGACCAAAUCAAACGUCUUUACUAACUCCAACUCCAACUUCCUUACUAACUCCAACAUCCUUACUAACUCCAACUCAAACGUCCUGACCAAAUCAAACGUCUUUACUAACUCCAACUCCAACUUCCUUACUAACUCCAACGUCCUUACUAACUCCAACUCCAACGUCCUUACUAACUCCAACGUCUUUUCUAACUCCAACUCCCUUACUAACUCCAACGUCCUUACUAACUCCAACGUCCUUACUAACUCCAACGUCCUUACUAACUCCAACGUCCUUACUAACUCCAACAUCCUUACUAACUCCAACGUCCUUACUAACUCCAACUCCAACGUCCUUACUAACUCCAACUCAAACGUCCUGACCAAAUCAAACGUCUUUACUAACUCAAACGUCCUGACCAACUCAAACGUCCUGACCAACUCCAACUCCCUUACUAACUCCAACUCCAACGUCCUUACUAACUCCAACUCCAACGUCCUUACUAACUCCAACUCCAACGUCCUUACUAACUCCAACGUCCUUACUAACUCCAACGUCCUUACUAACUCCAACGUCCUUACUAACUCCAACGUCUUUACUAACUCAAACGUCCUUACUAACUCAAACGUCCUUACUAACUCCAACGUCCUGACCAAAUCAAACGUCUUUACUAACUCCAACGUCCUGACCAAAUCAAACGUCUUUACUAACUCCAACGUCCUGACCAAAUCAAACGUCUUUACUAACUCCAACGUCCUGACCAACUCAAACUCCCUUACUAACUCCAACUCCAACGUCCUUACUAACUCCAACUCCAACGUCCUUACUAACUCCAACUCCAACGUCCUGACCAAAUCAAACGUCUUUACUAACUCCAACGUCCUGACCAAAUCAAACGUCUUUACUAACUCCAACGUCCUGACCAACUCAAACUCCCUUACUAACUCCAACUCCAACGUCCUUACUAACUCCAACUCCAACGUCCUUACUAACUCCAACUCCAACGUCCUGACCAAAUCAAACGUCUUUACUAACUCCAACGUCCUGACCAACUCAAACUCCCUUACUAACUCCAACUCCAACGUCCUUACUAACUCCAACUCCAAUGUCCUGACCAAAUCAAACAUCCUUACUAACUCAAACGUCCUGACCAACUCCAACGUCCUGACCAACUCCAACGUCCUGACCAACUCCAACGUCCUGACCAACUCCAACGUCCUGACCAACUCCAACGUCCCGACACACUCAGGUCCACGUGGAGUUUGCGUCCCGACCAACUCAAACCUGCAACGUGACGUUGUCCUGCAAGACGUUGCGUUAGCCAAUCACAGUCCCGCCCUGCCACAGAGCCUCAGAGCCAUCAGAGUCAUCCAGCUGUCAAUCACCCGGCCGACCCGUCACCCCGACUUCCCCGGGCCGGCCCGACUCAGCAGCUGCUCCUCUGCUCCUUUCUUGUCAUUGUGUCGCCUUUUCACUGAGCGAGCGAGGGUCUGA